GGCCUGUGGAAACAUGAAGAGGGUAAACAGCUGUGUGAAGAGUGAUGAGCAUGUCCUGGAGGAGCUGGAAACAGAAGGAGAGAGGCAGCUGAAAAGCCUCCUUCAGCAUCAACUUGAUACCUCUGUCUCCAUUGAGGAAUGUGUGUCUAAGAAAGAGAGCUUUGCUCCUGGUACUAUGUAUAAACCCUUUGGGAAGGAAGCAGCUGGAACUAUGACUUUAUCUCAGUUCCAGACACUACACAAGAAGGACCAAGAAACUGCUUCUCUCAGGGAACUAGGGCUCAAUGAAACAGAAAUAUUGAUUUGGAAGAGCCAUGUUUCAGGGGAAAAGAGGACACGACUGAGGGCAACACCUGAAGCAAUACAAAACCGUCUUCAAGAUAUUGAAGAAAGGAUCUCAGAGCGUCAGCGCAUCCUUUGCCUACCACAGAGAUUUUCAAAGAGCAAACAGCUAACCAGGCGAGAAAUGGAAAUAGAAAAGUCUUUAUUUCAGGGUGCUGACCGUCACUCCUUCCUUAAAGCUCUUUAUUAUCAAGGUAAAAUAUCUAGGAGUGGGAUUACUGGGUCAUAUGAUGAACCCCAAAAGAAGAACAAAGGUGAUCCCAUGAACAACCUGGAAAAUUUUUACCAAGAGAUGAUAAUGAAAAAACGUCUUGAAGAGUUCCAACUUAUGAGAGGUGAACCCUUUGCUUCCCACUCACUGGUCUCAGCUACAUCAGUGGGAGAUAGUGGCACAGCUGAGAUCCCGUCAUUACUCCAGGACCAGGGAAAACAGGCAGCACAGGGUAAAGGUCCCAGUCUUCAUGUGGCAAAAGUUAUUGAUAAAUCACCUGAGCAGUGUUGGACUGGGCCUAAGAAGCUGACGCAGCCAAUAGAAUUUGUCCCAGAAGAUGAGAUCCAGAGAAAUCGUUUGUCAGAGGAGGAGAUCCGAAAAAUUCCCAUGUUUUCUUCAUAUAAUCCAGGGGAGCCAAACAAGGUGCUAUACCUGAAGAAUCUUAGCCCACGAGUGACUGAAGGAGAUCUUGUCUCAUUGUUCGCUCGGUUCCAGGAGAAAAAAGGACCUCCAAUUCAAUUCCGGAUGAUGACUGGAAGGAUGAGGGGGCAGGCCUUUAUCACCUUCCCCAGUAAAGAGAUUGCAUGGCAAGCAUUGCAGCUAGUCAAUGGAUAUAUUCUACAUGGGAAAAUAUUGGUUAUUGAAUUUGGAAAGAACAGAAAACAACGGUCAGAUUUCCAGUCUGCUUCUUUUAUAUCAUCUGUUACAAGUACCACAGAAAUCAGUGGUAGCUAGAGAAUAGAUAUGAGUACUGAGAAAUCUUUCGUGCAACAAAAUCUCGGAUCUACAUUUAUGUAUUGAUAGCUAUGUAUUUGGAAUGAAGAGAAUGAAUUAAUCCAGAGAAAAAUGAAAUUAUCAUAAUACCUUUAAGCUUUUGAAAUUAAUUGGUAGAAAGAAUUUUCCAUAAUCAAAGGGUAUAUAAGACAGAUAAUAUGCUAAGUAUGAAAUUUAAGGUACUUAGCAUAACAUUUUCUUGCUGUAAAAUAUGAAGUAUAUUUUGCAAUGAAUUUUUUUAAACUUUAUAUGGGGUCUUAAAUAUUUUUACCCUAGAGAUACAGUUUUUCCAAGAUUCUCCACUCUUUACAUAAUUGAGACAUCAAUUAAAUGUUACUGUUUCUUCAUUUGAGCCCAUUUAUCCUUAAUUUUAUUCACUUAUCAAAUAAAAGACUAGGACCCCAGGCCUAAACAUCAACAGAUGAAAUGAAAAUCAACAGUGAUAACAUAUUUUCAUAAGUUUCAUAAGU